AUGUGGCCAUUCUUCGUCUACCUCGACUGUGUAGCCAUUGUGCUUGGGUUCGUCACGAAUAUUGCGCUAUUCUUAGCCAUCAAAAAUCGAACAGCAUUGAAUGUGCGCUCCUACGGAAACAUGGUGAUGGUCUGCACAAUGGAAGACAUUUUCUAUACGAUUGUCCUCGCGCUAUGUCAUCAGGUAAGCCAAAAAACAAUUUUAAGAAGGCGCAAGUUAGAAGAAUCGUAUUUUACCAAAAAAUGCAAAUUUUUAGCUAAAAAAUAUUAUGAUUUUAGCAAAUUCAAAUUGUCGACCACAAACUGCUUAUUAUUUCGUAUGGAAUAGAGAACAUUCUACCAUGGUGGCCAGCCACGAUUCUCUCGUCGAUGGAAUAUUUUUUCCUCAUCGAAGCCGUCACAAUAUUGCCGGCGCAGUUCUAUUACCGAUACUAUCUCAUGACAACAACUACUACGUAUGUUUUAGAAAAUAAUUUAAUCCUGCCGAAAAUCGAAAAAAUUCCUCUUUGCUCAGUGGAAACAAAAUCCCGAAAAGAUUUAAAAAAUUGCACUGUGCGAAGAACACAUUGGCUUCUGCACAGUGCGUUUUGCAAUUUUUGUUAGCAAUUACGCAAUGGAUUUAUGAAAUACUAUCUAACGGUCACGAUGCAACAAAUUUUUUUGCUCAUGUCCAUCGAGUAAUCGCACUGUGCAAAAAUUUUCCCUCUGCACAGUGCAGAAGUAAAUUUUAAUUCUGCACAGUGCGGUAGGUUGAAAAUCGCAGUUUUUUGCGAUGCUGUGAUAGAGCAGGACCGGACAACUGAUAAUUGUAAUUUUUCCGGCAACUGGCUCCAUUUGACACAGUACUUUGAAUAAAUUUUAUUUUUGCACAGUGCAGAAACAACAUUUUAGUUUUGCACUGUGCGGUGAACAAAAAACUGACCUUUGUCGUGAUGCCCUAAAAAAGCAGUGUCGCAACACCUAUUCUUACAUUUUUCAGCCCCUUAACUUCAUGCGUUAGUGCACUAUGAAAAAAUCUUUUUUCUGCACAGUGCAGAAAUUAAUUUUCAAAGUUUAGCACCGUGCAAACGACAUCUGUUAAAACUUAAAACUUUUCCAAUGAGUCAAUUCAGCCUCAAAACUCAACAAAAAUUUUUCAGAAGCCAACGAACAAAAAAUUUUGUUCUUUUCUUCUUGGUGUUCAUGUCAUGCCUCAUCACCAGUUCGAUUGCGAUAUUUGCGGUGGCCUGUCACGUGAAGUCGGUGAGGCGCCCAAAAUCUCACUACACCGAUCUUCUGGAUCCCGUUUUUUGGGACCCCGAGACGAACCAGACGGAAUAUGCGGGCGCGGUGGACUUUGAGGACUGGGAAGGCUGGCUGUUCAUGGGCUGGGGAGGGGUUUUGAUCACCGUCAGCUACGUGAUUAUGAUGUAUUACGGUCAUCAGAGUAUCAAGGGUGUCACGUUGAACGUGGACACGCAGAAUGCGUCGGCCAAAGUGCAGCAGUUGAGGGCGCAGUUCACCAGGAACAUGAUUGCACAGGUGAGAAAAGUUUUGCGGAUAAAUUGUGGGGUUAAUGCCCGGAGGGCAUAAAAAUUUUUGAGGGUGUAAAAAGCAGCUCAAAGCUUCUAAUCAACUCUAUUUUGCAAAUUAUAUCACACAAUCUACACUAUAAAAACUUAUUUUAUUUAGUCACUAUUUUACACAGUAAAACAGUAAUUUCCACGCAGUAACAAUGAUUUAUAACCUCAAAAAACUCUUAAAGUUUUAUAGUCAUCAUUGACAAGCAUAAUUAUACCCAUUUCCUCAAGUCUAACUUUCAAUUUUCGGCGAGCUGCGCCCUACCUUUUCCCCAAAGCUUUCUCAAGUCCCCCAGAACUAAUCUAAACCUUUUUCCAGACGAUAAACAGUUUCCUCAUGGCGGUCUUUCCCAUGUUCAUCGUCGUGGUCCUCAUGUUCAGCGGGCUCAACAUCCGCUCUUACGGUGUUGCAAUAAUGAGCUUGGUCGCGUGGACCCCAUUCACAAACGCCGCAAUGUGUCUGACGAUCAUCAAACCGUAUCGCGACUACGUCAUGGGGAGGAGCAAGAGCAGUUCCAUCGUGAAAGCGACGUCAAUAGCGCCGGUCUCGUCGGCAGUUCAAAAACAAAGCAAAUAUUGA